UUUUACCUAUAAUUGUACUUAAUCCUUCAUUCUUUCAAAUAUUCGAGAAAUCGAUUGUAUCGAAGUGAUAUUGUUAGCAAAACUGUCCGCUAAACUUUAUGAAAUAACAAAAACAUUAUUAUUAGAUAUUGUGGAAAGAAUUAAUUAGAAUUUAAUAUCAAAAUGGAAAGCUUUUUAUCUAACAUGCCAGAGAUCUCUCACUUCGAGAAAAGAUUUCACGAAAUAAUUUACGAAGUUCAACGGAGCAAGAAAGAGUUGGAUAAAUUGGAAAAGGAACAUUUGUUAAUACGCGAAGAAUUAUGCUCGAAGAACGCGCUUUUGAAAAAUGAACAAAGAACAUCGAAUGAUUUACGAAUUCGAUUGAAAUCAGCUACGGAAACGAUUAGUUCCCUAGUGGAAGAGAAAAUGCAUGAUAAAAUUUUUUAUUCAAACUUAUCGAUGGAUCAUGACAGCCUCCUAAAAGAACGUGACAUCUUAGCAAAAGAAACUUUGUCCAAUCAAACGGAAGCCGCGAAAUUCAAAAUACAUAUAGAGAAUUUGGAGAACACGUUGCGGCGGGAAAUACGUCGAAAAGAGGAACUAAAAAAAGAGCUGAUUGAAUUGAAAAAUAACAAUGAAAAAAUUAUAGCAAGUAUUGAUAUGAAUAUUACUAAACUGUCAAAGGAGCAGAAGUACUUAACAGAAAGUGCCAAAGCUAUAAUUCAAUUAAAUAAAAGAUUACAAACAUUUGGCCUUUGUUUCCAUGCGAUACAUCAAAAAGAUAGAGCAGAACUGAAGAAUUUACAACAUAGAUUAACUGUCCUUGCGAUGAAUGAAUCAAUCCAAACAGCUAGUAAUAACAAAUUACACCCAGAAUUAGAUAAUUUAUGCUUUGAGCUAAAAGAAACAUUAAUGGAGACAAAAUCUAAAAUGCAAAACUCUGAAACGUUUGAAAAGAACUUAAACAAAUUCUUCGAAGAAUUCUCUUCGCAGAUACAAUCAUCAAUGCCACGUCACUGAUGAAAAGAGACAAUAAUUGAUGAUCGUUAUCAACAUUUAUUUCAGUUUAAUUUCUCGUUACAUCAGACAAGUAAUAGCUUCAUUUCGACUCGACGAAAUGGUAUUUCGAAAUAAAAUUACAUUGCUUAUUCUUAUAAAAUGUUUAAAAAAUUACUAGUAAUUUUGUAUAUACAACGUCAUCCAGUUUUUCAGUGCGACAAGUUUGUAAGAAAGUAACAGCUAUUUAGUUCGUUGCAUUUUUCUUUUCUAUAAUUUAUUCUUCUAUCAACUAAAAUCAUAUGCGAUUCAUAGAUUCAGCUUAACUGUAAAAAACAUUUGUUUUAAAAAAGUACUCAAGUAUUUUCUUAAGGCGCAUAUUUACCUAGUUUAAAAAGAUUAUUAAUCGGUUAUUGGUGUUAAUUAUAGUUAUAAAUAAUAUCAAUAAAAUAUUAAUAGAAUUGUAACAUGUAUGAUGACAAUAAUGAAAAUCACAAUAUAACUUGGUCGUUCAACAUUAAGGAAAAAAGGCGGGUAUCAACAAUAAAAAUAGACGAAUAGGAUUAAUAUAAAAUGUAUUAUAAUAAUUAUAUAAUUAAGUGUAAGUGGAAACAGACUGGAAUCCCUUUUCCUCGUUAACAAAUAAAAAAAAAGAGAACCCUCCGUUUCUAUAAAAAAAAAAAA